AUGAUUCAGCAUCUAUUCUUCUUCGUACUUCUUUCGACGGCGGCUAGUUACCAAAGGAUUGACACAAAUGCUCUUAUGAAUCAGAUGUUCAAAUUAACCAAAGAUGACUUCCGAUAUACCGACAAAUUGCUGAUAGAACACGAUCUUCCUACUACCGAUGAUGGGUAUUUUCGUUGGUUAGCUACGAACGAAUUCGUGAAGAAAGAUAAUCCCUGUUUCCAAGAAAAAAUGCAAAAUUUCUGGAAGUUUCGCAAAGAAGCGAAGGCAUCUGGGCACGAGCAGGCUGCAAAAAUGAUCGAUGAUAUAUGGAUGAUGGCGAAUGAUGUGCGACGUAAAAGCAUGGGUCCUGUUGAAGAGACUAAAGUGGUUCGCGAUUGGUGGAUUACGAUAGAUCAGAGCGCUCGCAAUUAUCUCAUUAGGAAGUUCCCCGCGCUCAGAUCACUUUGGUGA